AUGAAGUCCUUUGCCGCUGUCAUUCUGCUAGCUGUCGUUUGCUUUGUUGGUGCUCGUCCAAAGGGGUUUUCCGACGAAGAAAAUAAGAUGAUUAUGCAGCAUUCGGAUAGUUGCAUGGUUGAAGCAGGAGUUGACAAAGCCUUAACUCAAUAUCCAUUCAACGAAAAAGGGGAAAUGAUCCAGGAUGAAGAUUUCAAUUGCUUUUUAGCCUGCAUGUAUAAAAAAAUUGAUGUCAUGAAACCUGAUGGUACCAUUAACGAGGAAGUUGCUCGAUCUAUGGUGUCGCAAGGAUUGUCUCAAGAAAAAAUGCACGAAGCCGUAAAGUGUAUAGCCCAAGUUGGAAACAAUACCUGCGACACUGCCGGGAAACUCUUAGGCUGUGUAAUGAAGAUCCGGAUGGCCUCUGAGUUGAACUAA